AUGGAGGAUCUUCUUUCGGCGUUGACUUUGUUGGCGGGAACCAGCAGUAUUGACAUAUUGGACAUGGAGGACUAUCUUUCGGGGGUGAAUCUUGAGGCGGGAACCAGCAAUAUUGACCAGAAAUGGGGUCUCUUCAUUUACCGGACGACUUACGACGACCAGGCACUCUGGGAGAGAUAUCUGGCAUACGUUAAAGCUGCUAUAAUGCGCGCCAUCGAACCACAACCGGAGCCUAACCCUCAGAUUUCCUGGGAUCUAUACUUCGAUAAAAUCUUUCGUCGUACAAUCCUGCGGUCGAGAUUCGAGCUCUUAACUAAAGAUGACGAGGAGAAUUUAAAAAGCAAGUCAAUAUUAGAACUUCGCGAGGAGUUCCGUCGUUGGGCUGCUACCAUACCGUCAGAAGAGAAGACAGGUAUGAAUAAACCAAAAUACAAUCACUUUCUCUAUGUGAACAAAGAGAUCUUGAAUUGGUUUCAGAAAGUGGAGACUGCGCGCGGUGACCGCGAGCCAGACUAUCUACACGAAGAUAUGAUAGCAGUUAUCGUCAAGGUAGAUUAA